AUGGAUGCAUGGGGGCUGUUUGUCGGCGAAAGAAGGGUCUGCGGGCGGAGAUGCCCGAUCGGGACUAGAGGAGGAGAGGGGAGGGUAUGUAGUGUAGGUACUACGUGCUGCAGUAACCGCGUGCGUACUCUCGAGUGCUGGCCAUGCCAAACAUGUGACGUGCUCCGCCAAGGCGCCUGGCCACCACCCCACCUCAUCCCAUCCCAUCCCGCGUUUCUCGCCCGUUUGCUUGCUUGCCCGCCUUGCUGCAAUCCAUGGCCCAAUGUUUUGCUCAGCGCCCUGUGCGCUAGCUCUACAAUCGCACCCAUCUCUCUCCUCCUCCCUUCCUCUCCCCUCGAUCAGUCAGUCAGUCAAUCAAUCAAUCAAUUGCAUUGCCUGUCCCUUCCUCGUCAGCUCGUACACAGAGAACCAUUGGCACAUGCUGUUUUCCGUGCAAUUCUGAGCCCUGCCCUUCAAAUCCCUGCAUCUCAAUUCACCAUCCUGGCAGCUCGCAUGGCUUCCACUGCCGUAGAGUACGGCUCCAAGCAACCUUACAACGUCGAGAAAAGCACCCGCAUCGAUGCAGAGGUGGGAGACGAUGACCAAAACUUUCGCCGUGCCUCCGUGGUAGGUUCUGUGAAGCAGUAUGAUUCCACCCACCGCAAGCUCAAACCUCGUCACAUCCAAUUGAUCGGAAUCGGGGGAACCAUUGGCACAGCUCUCUACGUGCAGAUUGGUCGAGGUCUGAUGAAUGGCGGCCCGGCCAGCCUCUUCAUUGCUUUUACCCUCUGGUGUUCCUUCAUUCUUGCCGUCACCCUAUGCAUGGCCGAGAUGGUUUCAUAUCUCCCAAUCUCGUCGCCAUUUAUUCGUUUCGCUGGCCGUUAUGUUGACGACGCAUUUGGUGUGGCUGCAGGCUGGAACUUCUUCAUCUUCGAAGCUGCCUUGGUGCCCUUCGAGAUUGUUGCUUGUAACGUCAUCAUAACAUUUUGGAGUACGGCUGUACCGGUGGGCGCCAUCGUCGCCAUCGUCAUUUUUCUCUAUGCUCUGAUCAAUAUGCUUGCUGUUAAAUGGUAUGGCGAAACUGAGUUUUGGGCCGCCCUGGGCAAGGUUUUGCUCAUCAUCGGUCUGAUCAUUUUCACCUUCAUUUCCAUGUUAGGCGGCAAUCCUCUCAAAGACCGAUACGGUUUCCGGUAUUGGAACAACCCGGGAUCUUUUGCUGAACUGUACCGCACAGGCAAUACGGGCCGUUUCCUGGGCUUUUUGCAGUGUCUUAUUCAAGCCUCAUUCACGAUUGCGGGACCCGACUAUGUCUCAAUGUCGGCCGGAGAGGCUGAGAACCCGAGGAAGGUUAUGCCCCGAGCUUAUAAUGCCGUCUUCUAUCGGUUGACGUGCUUUUUCGUUCUCGGAGCCCUUUGCGUCGGAAUCAAUGUGCCGUACAACGAUCCCACCAUGAUUGCAGCUUUCAAGGAAGGAAAGCCUGGAGCUGCCGCCUCCCCCUAUGUUAUUGCAAUGGACCGACUUCGGAUCGAAGGACUUCCUCACAUUGUGAACGCCAUGGUUCUUGCCUCGGCAUUUUCCGCCGGUAAUUCAUAUGUGUACUGUGCAUCCCGCUCACUUUUUGGUCUUGCUCUCGAGGGUAAAGCACCCAGGGUUCUCACCAAAUGUAGCAAACAGGGUGUGCCGUACUACUGUGUCGGCGUUGUCCUUGUUUUCGCCAUGCUUUCGUUCCUCCAGCUUGGGGAGAACUCUGCCAAGGUGCUCGACUGGUUCGUCAGUCUGGUCACCGCUUCCCAGCUCAUCAACUUCAGCGUCAUGUGUUUCACCUUUCUACGUUUCUAUAAGGCAUGCCAUGUACAGGGGCUGGAUCGAAGGACACUCCCAUACAGAGGCUUCCUCCAGCCUUAUGCGGCAUACUAUGGCCUGGUUGGAACUUUUAUCAUGGCCUUUGUAGGUGGAUAUACCGUGUUCCUUGAUGACAAUUGGAAUGUUCCUGACUUCCUGUUCUCGUACAUGAUGAUUUUCUUGUUCCCUGUUCUGUUCGUUGGCUGGAAGUUGAUCAAAAAGACCAAGUUCAAAAAGGCGCAUGAGAUCGACUUGCAAGAGGAUUUGGAGGAGAUCGAGGUUUACACGAGGAAUUUUGUUGAGGUCAAAGACGAAAACAAAUUCAAUAGGCUCAUGGACAGGAUUUUCGGUUAG